UGGAAGCGCCCUUGGUGUCCCGUUUCUCGUUGCCAUUCUCCCUGCCCCGUGGGAGGGUGGGCAUUGAGGUCAAGGGAGGGGGUAUGACCCCCUCCUGGCAGCGACGCCCGGGGCGGAGUUGAGGUUCCUCUGUGCCUUCCCGGCAAGGGAAGAGGCCCGCAGCCGGGAUUGGGUCCAGGAGGGGGAAGGCGGGAGACCGGAGGCGCCGCUGAUUGGCCUAAAGUUCUCCGGAGCCAACCAAUGGGCGGGGCGGCGUGAGGGGGCUCGGGGUGUCCCGGGCUUGUGCGCCAUGGCGGUUCCUGCCGCGGCUCCUUCUUGGGGCUGUCACCUGGGCUUGUCCUCCCUGCCCGCCCUCCAGAUCUGCCAGCCCUCCCGCGCCUGGCCGCCCCGCCAUGGUCCUGGAGCUCUACCUGGACCUGCUGUCGCAGCCCUGCCGCGCCGUCUACAUCUUCGCCAGGAAGAACGGCAUCCCCUUCCAGCUGCGCACUGUGGAGCUGCUCAAAGGGAUGAUGUUCCCUGUGUUCCUGUGUGAGCCAGUGCCCCCUGAGACAUUGGCAGCCACUUUGGCUGAGCUGGACAGGUGCCUGCAGCUGCUUGAGGACAAGUUUCUGCGGGACCAGGCCUUCCUCACUGGGUCUCAUAUCUCCCUGGCUGACUUGGUAGCCAUCUCAGAGCUGAUGCAUCCUGUUGGCGCUGGCUGCCGAGUCUUCGAGAGCCGACCCAAGCUGGCCGCAUGGCGCCAGCGCGUGGAGGCUGCGGUGGGGAAAGAUCUCUUCCAGGAGGCCAAUGCAGACAUCCUGAAGCUCAAGGACCUUCCUCCGGCAGACCCCAUCACGAAGGAGAAGCUGAGGCCCUCAGUGCAGGAUUUGUUGCAGUGAGCGGGUGGCCUGUGCUGGCAGAGUACAGAGAUGGAGCUGCCUAUCUCCUUGGCUGUAAGGACUUCCCGUGUGAGUGGGCUCUGGUCCCUAGUACCCUCCAGGCAUCGUGCCUGUGUGUGUUCCCUUUGUCUCCCCAUCCCACUUUUUCCCUUCUGUUCCAACUUCCACGUGACCUCUGGAAACUGCUUUAGUAAACACUUAGUGGACCUUG